AUGGCGCCAUCCCUCAAACUCGCCGUCGGUAUCGACAUCGGGCUCCAGGAACAGGAUUUGCAGCCAACGGUCAUAGGCUCACGGACUCGCAAGGAGAGUUGGGGUGACGACAUCCGGACCGAACAAGGCGAAACCAAGCUGGACUUGUCCAAGCUGGCGCUUGCAGAGGGCGCACUGGCCCAUGGUACCCUACGAGCAGGUCGUCUGGCCGUUGUCGAGGCCUCACGCAAGCGGCUCGAAGAGGCUGAUCUGGAUGCCGCCCUACAUAUCCAGUUCGAGGUCCCCGCGGUGUGGGACAAAUCGGCCACGACGGGGAUGAGGACCGCCAUUGAACAGUCCAACAUGUUGUCUUUCACCAACGGGCCUCGCGCAACCAUAGGUUUUAUCCCCGAGUUCGAGGCCGCAGCCCUCGCCACGAUUCCCAGGUUGGCCGCGAAGCAUAAACUCAAGGAUGUGAUUUCGCACAAGCUGGCAUCCAUCAAACCUGUCAUCGUUGACGAAUGCGUCGAAUGCGAGGGCGCACUUUUGGGCGACAUGUACAUGAAGGGUGCCCUGCUGUCUUUUAUCAAGCGGGAGGCCCUGGACUGCGAUAUUGACAUCGACACACUCGAGAAGACCAAAUUUGACGCCCGGUUUCAGCAGUUCUGGCUGGACGUUUGCGAGACCCCCGCGGAUUCAGACCACCGCGCCACACCCUGCGACUUCGUCGUCGAUGGGCCUAAUGACGAAGACUUCCUGACCAUUCCGCUCUUUCGGUGA